AUGUCAGAUUUAAUUUCGCUAAAAGCCCGCAGAGGGCAAUUAAAGGGGCAAUUAACGAGGUUCAGUACAUACGUAAAUAAGGAGUCAGUAGACAUAUUCGAAAUCAAAUGUCGAAGUAAAAAGAUGGAGGAAUUAUGGUCGGAAUUUGAUCAAGUGCAAUCUGAUAUAGAGUCUUUUGCUGACGAAACGGACGAUUAUCGCAUAGAAUUUGAGGAAAUAUAUUUUAGUGCGAUGGCAUUAGGCGAAAAUCUACUGCAACGUGCUAGUACAAAAAAGGAUGAUAAUGGUGGUCAAAAAUCAACUACUACGGUGCAUAAUACGGCGCACACAAUGUAUUGUAGUGCAAAUUCGUGUUGCAGCGGUGCGACCGCUGCAAUGAAAUUAGCACCGAUAGAUGUACCAAAAUUUUCGGGUGCAUAUGAGGAAUGGUCGGCUUUCCACGAUAUUUAUAUAGCAAUGAUACAUAACAACCCAGGUAUAGAUGAAAUACAGCGAUUUUUUCAUUUGCGAUCGUGUUUAAAAGAUGAGGCGGCACAGGUUAUAAUGUAUAUAGAAACGACAGCCGCAAAUUAUAACGUGGCUUGGAGUAGCGUGGUGGCUAGAUAUAAUAAUAAAAAAGUGUUAGUGCAGUCACACACGAAAGAGUUAUUUGAUAUUCCGGCAAUAAAUGAGGAAGCUGGGCAAUUAAGAAAAUUAAUAGAUCAAUUAAACGGUCACAUAAGCGCGUUAGAAACAUUAGGAGAGAAACCUAAAGAGUGGGGCUCAAUAUUAUUACACCUUAUCGCAACUAAAUUAGAUUCUAGUACACUUAAAGCGUGGGAAACAGUAUCUCCUAAAAAUGAAAUACCCAAAGUACAAGUGUUACUCGAAUUCUUAAAAAAAAAAUUCAAAAUAAUUGAAGCAGUAGAGACUUCUUCGAAUAUAAAUGUCCGUAAUGACGAAAAAUUAAAAAAUAAUAUAAUUAGCGUUAAAAAAGCCAAAAAUAACCACAAAUCGAUAGCGUUUCCAACAUUUAGUGGUAUGAAAUGUUAUAAUUGCCAAUUAGCGCACUCUAUAUAUAAAUGCCCAUCUUUUCUAGCUUUACCCAUUCCCGAAAGAAUAAAAAGGGUGGGUGAACUUAAGUUAUGCAAGAUAUGUAUUCGGACGCAUAUCGGAAAGAAAUGUGAUGGUAAAAAAUGUUUUCAAUGUCACAAAGCGCAUAACACAUUAUUGCAUUUAAAAAUAAAUAAGACGGAAAGUAAUAUCGCUUCGGAACAAUAUGAAGAUAAUUCCGAAGAAAUUCCCACGGCGGGUAAUGUAAGUGUAUCGGCACACGCAUCAGCGAUAAGCUGCAGACAGGUGCUCCUAUCAACCGCAAUAAUUAAUGUAUAUAAUAAUGAUGGCAAGCCGGUAAAGAGCAGAGUGUUAUUGGACUCCGGCUCGCAAAAUAAUUUUAUCACAGAGCAUAUGGCACAAGUGUUAAAAUUGCGACGGAAAAAGGUUACCUUUGAUGUAGCUGGAAUAGGACACACAUUACAUACAAUAAAGUCCGAAAUUACGGUAAUGGUGGGUUCCUGUAUAACAGAUUUCAAAGCUAAUAUAUCAUGUUUGAUAAUACCUUGUAUAACGAACAAUAUUCCGAUAAGAGCAGUAAAUACUGAGUCCAUAAAGAUACCAAAUAAUAUAAUACUAGCUGAUAAAUCCUAUAAUAAACCACAACAAACUAAGUUGGGUUGGAUUGUGGCAGGCCCAGUUUUUAAUAAUAAAUCAAAUUUAAAAGAGACGCAAAACAUUUGUUUAAGUACGUAUCAAGUAGAUGAUAAUUUGGAUGAAAGGAUUGCGAAGUUUUGGAGAUUGGAAAACAUAGAUAAAAAUACUAAUUACACAUUAGAAGAAAAAGCUUGUUACGACCAUUUUAUUAAGACAGUACGCCGCGACGAAACUGGCAAAUUUAUAGUGAGGUUGCCGUUCCGCGAAGAUAUUAGCAAAUUAGGUAAUUCUUAUAAAAACGCGUUCCGACGAUUUCUGUCUAUCGAAAAACGAUUAGGACUAAAUACAAAAUUAAAUAAAGAUUAUCAGCAAUUCAUGUAUGAAUACCAAGAUCUUGGUCAUAUGGAACCGCUGCGCAGCGCGGGGGAAGAGUCGGUCAAUGAACCCGGCUAUUUUCUACCGCAUCACGCCGUAGUAAACGAUAAUAGUAGCACCACUCGUCUGCGCGUAGUAUUCGACGGAUCUAGUAAGACCGAUACAGGCAUUAGCUUAAACAAUGUACUAUUAAAAGGGCCUACGAUACAAGACGAUUUAUUGAAUAUUUUGGCUAGGUUUCGUACAUACAAAUAUGCGAUAUCCGCGGACAUAUCAAAAAUGUACCGUCAAAUUUGGAUUGCACCAGAACAUCGCAAAUAUCAACAAAUAUUUUGGCGUGAGAAUAAAGAACAACCUAUGCAAAUAUUUCAAUUAAAUACGGUUACUUAUGGCACUGUCUCGGCAUCAUUCUUAGCUACCGCAUGCUUAUAUAAAUUAGCUGAGGAUGAGUAUAGUAAUUUUCCAGAAGCGUGUACUGCUAUAAAAAAUGAUUUUUACAUGGAUGAUUAUCUAGGUGGGGCAAAUACGAAAGAGAUGGCUGUAAAAUUGCGUAAUGACUUGAGAACAGUGCUACAAUCCGGUGGCUUUAACUUACGAAAAUGGUCUGCAAACGAUUCGGUGUUAUUACAAAAUUUAAAUAAAGAAAAUAAUGAUUCUAUGUUGGUACUGGAAUUGGAAGAUGAAAUGGCAAAAGUCCUCGGGGUCCUGUGGCAUCCUAGGAAAGAUAUAUUUCAAUAUAAAGUACGGGAUACAAAAUCGGAAACUCAAUCGACAACAAAAAGAAGCAUAUUGGCGCAAAUGGCUUCAUUAUUCGACCCACUAGGUUUAGUGGGGCCGAUAAUUAUAAAGGCAAAAAUUUUAAUGCAAGAAAUGUGGAGGUUAAAAAUUGAUUGGGAUAAACCGGUGCCAACAAAAAUGCACGAUGAGUGGACAAAAUAUUUACAUGAAUUGGCAAGCUUACGUGAAUUGUGUAUACCGCGUUUUUUAUGUACGGAGGAUAAUUGUGAUAUAGAGGUGCAUGGUUUCGCCGACGCCAGUUUAGCCGCCUAUGGCGCGUGUAUAUACGUACGCACUACAAAUAAUAGUGGAGUUUGUACGUCGCAUUUAUUGUGUGCAAAAUCUAAAGUCGCGCCUUUAAAAGUUAUAUCGCUACCGCGAUUGGAACUAUGUGCUGCCGUAAUUUUGGUAAGGCUAUACAACAAAGUAAUACCUAAAUUAGGUAUAAAAAUACAACGUCGUUAUUUUUGGUCGGACUCGUCAAUCGUCCUGGCUUGGGUAACGUCACCCUCUACGCGUUGGCAAACAUUUGUUGCGUAUAGAGUGGGGGAAAUUCACGACCUUAGUUCAAUAAAUGAAUGGCACCAUAUUGGAACUAAGGACAAUCCAGCGGAUAUUAUUUCAAGAGGAUGUAGUGCGAAAGAAAUUAUAAAUAGUUCUAUAUGGUGGCAUGGACCAAGCUGGUUAACGAACGAUCAUGCAAAUUGGCCGAAGACUGUUUGCGAGUUAAAAUAUACCGGAAUACCAGAAGAAAAGGGUACACAGAAAACUGCUGCAUUUUUAGCACAACCGCCCUUUUUAGAAAGCGGAAUUAUACGAGUAGGCGGUCGCAUAAAAAAUGCCAGGCAUGUGGAAAUAGCACAGCGACACCCUAUUUUAAUACCGAAAAAUAGUACAAUUGCUAGAUUAAUAUUGCUUAACGAACACGAUCGACUUUUACAUGCGGGUCCGCAAGCGAUGCUAGCGAAUAGCCGAUUAAAGUACUGGAUAAUUGGAGGCAGAAAUAUUGCAAGGCAUGUAUUCCACCAGUGUGUGAAGUGCUUUCGACUUCGACCAAAAAUAGUUGAACCUAUAAUGGCAGAUUUACCAACCGAACGGUUAGAGCCAAAUCGACCGUUUAAAAAGUGUGGUGUCGACUAUGCCGGUCCUAUUGCUAUAAAAACCAGUUUACGGAGAAAUGCGGCUGUACUAAAAGGAUAUAUAUGUGUAUUUAUUUGCUUUAGUACCCGGGCGGUCCAUAUUGAGUUGGUUACGGAUUUGACUACUGAAGCUUUUUUAAAUGCUUUAAAACGUUUUAUUGCACGCCGUGGUGUAUGUUCCGAUAUAUUUAGCGACAAUGCUACAAAUUUUGUAGGGGCUAACAAUAGAUUACUGGAUCUAAAAAAAAUAUUUCAUUCCGAAGAACAUUUAACCAAAAUAUACGAUGCGCUAUCAACUGAGGGUAUAAGGUGGCAUUUCAUACCCCCUCGAUCCCCACAUUUUGGUGGGUUGUGGGAAGCGUCUAUUAAAUCUAUUAAAAAUCAUUUAUACCGAGUUUUAGGUACGGCUAAUCUGACUUAUGACGAAUUGAACACUAUAUUAAUUAGAAUAGAGGCAGUCCUUAAUUCCAGGCCCUUAACGCCCUGUUACUCCGAUCCUACUGAUACGACACCAUUAACGCCUGCUCAUUUUUUAAUUGGUGAGCCAACAUGUUCUAUACCCGAACCUGAUUUAACUGGUAUACCGGACAAUUGCUUAAAACGUUGGCAGCGGGUAACGCAGUUGACUCAAGCAUUAUGGCAGCGUUGGAAUAAGGAGUACCUGUCACAACUUCAAACUAGACGGAAGUGGCUAGCCAACAAGGGCCCUAAGAUAAAAGUUGGUACCAUAGUGUUGGUGAAAGAAGACGAAGCCCCCCCCGAUGUCGUGGUCCAUGGGACGAGUUGUCCGCGUCCAGGCUGGUGA